AUGGACCGCGGCCGCGUAACUCCCUCGCUGCGAGUUGUGGCGUCGAAAGACUCCCGCACAGAACUCCUGGCGUGGCUGAACGAGUUGCUCGACAACAACGCCGCCGCCGCCGGGGGCCAGCCGCUGCCGCGGCUGCACAAAGUGGAGCAGUGCAGCAACGGUGUGCCGUAUGUGCUGCUGCUUCCCUCCCUGCUCGCAACACCGUACCCGCCGCUCACGGCAAAGGCCAAGACGAACGCCAAGCACGAGUUCGACGCCGUGGUGAACAUGAAGCUUUUCAUGGACGCCUUGCACAAAAACGGCAUCCCUCGCCCGGAGGUCCUGAGCAAGGACUUGGAUAAAGUUAUCAAGGGAGCCUACCAGGCAAACCUGCAGCUGCUGCAGUGGUUCCGCGGGCUCUACGACGCGCUGUCAGCGAGCCCUGCUGAGCGGACGCAGCGGAGGACUUCAUUGGGGGAACCAGCGGAUCCCGACGCCGCUGCCCCAUCCCGCCCAGCAGAGGGCGCACCGCCGCCGAACGACUGCGAAGGCCCCCAUGCCGAGGCAGAGACGGCAGCGAGGGCUGCAGUUUUGUCGGGGAGGGUUCCUUCGGCUCAGCCAGCAUCACGGGCAUCCGCUGCGUCCCACCCUGCACACAGCCAAGAGGCAUCGGCCCAGCCAGCUUCGGCGACGGCAAAGCGGAGCUCUUCUUUUCACGGGUCAGGAAACGCUCUAGUUGCACGCCCCUCCUCCGCGUAUAGGCGACAGGUGGCGCCGGGGAGGGGCCAUGUCUCUCCGGCGCGUGGGUACUCCGCUGCACGGAGGGAGGUGGCGCGAGACCGGACCCCAAGCACCUCCUCACGCGGCGCAGGCGAGGCCGCACGCGCCGCACGGCCCGCGUCUUCGUUGCUGCGAAGUGGCAACUCCACAAAGCGCUUUGAGGGAGGCAGGGACCCGGAGCUGGGUCCCGGCGGCAAGGCACCCGGCACAGGGAGCACCGCUGCCCGCCCCGCCACUGCAGUUUCCCUGCGGAACAUGGCGGCAACAUCACUCACCACCACCACCACCACCGCUGCACGGGCGCCGCUGGAGAGAAGCGGCGCCCGUCCUCUCGUGGACUGCAGCAGCACAGACCUCAACGCCCCCCCCGGCUCCCCGAUGGGGGGACCAAAACGGACUUCGACGCUGCGCCGUGGGGCCGACUCACUCGCCACUAGUGCCUCGCAAGCUGGGCCCGCCGGGUUAUUUCAUUCCUCCCGGGUAGGGACGCCAGUGCACUCGUUUCGCCACUCGCGAUCGCUGAGUGGCGGCGGGAGCAACGGCGACCCGUCCAUGUCGGCGGCGCUCGCAGCGGUGAAGAACGAACGACAGUUUUACUACGACAAGCUGCGUCUAAUUGAGAACCUAGUCGGACCAGUGGCGGAGCAGAACGAGGGGUCACCGGAGACGAAGCAUUUGGCCCGCUCCGUGUUGGAGAUACUGUACGCCGCGGCGUGA